AGCAGAUUACCGCGGCAGUACGUUGGAGGAAGUCAUUUGCUCUUGGAAAUUGUCGCUACAAAAUGACAAUGUUAAAAUACGUUUUUUGUUUUGCUAUUUUGGCUGUGUCGCUGAGGAAUGUUAAAACCCACAUUAGCCAGGAAACCGAGGCGGCACUUAUGGAUUUUAUGCGUGACGCCGUGGUUGAGUGCGCUAAGGAUUUCAGUUUGAAUGUGGAUGACCUCAAGGAACAGCAUAAAUCUAAGGAUAGUCUUGACGGUGUAGAUAAAUGCUUCGUCGGUUGUAUUCUAAAGAAGAAGGGUGUGAUAAACGAAGGGGGUAAAUAUGACCUCGACAGAGGACUUGAAAUAAUGAGGGAAUUAAUAGCAAAUGACGACGAUUACAAGGUCCUGGAAACCACUUCAAAAGAUUGCGUUUCUGUGAACGACGAAACAGUGAGUGACGGGGAUAAGGGAUGCGACAGAGCUUUUCUUCUUAUGGCCUGCUUAAAGAAGGAAAAGGAAGGGACCAAAUAAGGCGGGGACCCUGUUUUGACAAGAUGCACAAUAUAACUCCAUGGACAAAAAGAUUAUAGUUUAGUUUGAAGUUUUUGCUAAAAUAAAUCUAUGUUGAUUUUUCAAAG